UCCGUGGUGAGGGUAAACAUACGAGGUAGAAAAAGUCCAAGAGAGACAAGACAAAAAAAAAACUUCCGGAAGCGAGCGAGAAUCUGUCGUGCCAAUCUUCGAUAGGAAGCAAGGUCGAGCUAUAAUAUUGGUCAAGCCUGAAAGAGAAUAUAAUCACCUCAAGAUGACAAAGGGACGUGUACAAUGGGAUGAAGCUAAUAUAGUGGAAAUUGAAUCUAACAAACCUGUUAGGCAGAAGAUUACCGAACCAAAGACACCCUAUCACCCACCGUACCCCAUGAUUGAUGACGAUGGUGGUUCUCUGUCUUCUAGAGUAAGAUCGUUUGACAACUUUGUUGAAAUGCAUCGUGCUGAAGAACUAAAGAAUGAUCUGAACGAUUUAGCUUCUUCCAGUAAAAUUAUUAGCCACAUAUCUGAUUCUGGUGACUGGACCCCGUCAGAGGAUGAAGCAGAACCAAUAGAUCAAAAUGAAGAAGAUCCUGAGGGAGAGAAAAACACAAGUUUCAAUGAACAUAGACGGGUGCACUAUGACGAGUUUCGAAUGGUAAAGGAGAUGAGAUCCUCUGGUGGUUCUUUCUAUGGUGAAGACGCAGAAGGAGACGAUAGUGCCAAAACGGGUAAACCAGAGGCAACAAUCUCACAGAACACUCCAGGUGCUGCGGAUGCGAUACCUUCACGGAAGUCAUCUUCGUCUUCUACUUGAUGAACACAUUGUUACACUAUGGUGUUAUUUCUGGAUUAUACAUAUGUAGAACUUUAUAUUUAUAAGAAAUUAAGAACAUCUUGUUUGCAUU